AUGGCCGAACCGACGCUGGAGCCCUACGGGGGCAAGUUCAUCAUGAAGCACGCGCUGGUACCCGCGACGGCCGCAGAGAUGGGCAUGAAGGAGUCCAAGGGCUUCGGCACUACGGGCAUGAUGGCCUUCAUGCUGGAGUUCGACACCUUCGAGAAGGCCAUGGGCUGGUUCACGGGCCCCGAGUAUGCCGCGGUGCUUGCAAAGCGCGACGAGGUCGCCGACUUCAAGAUGGCCGUUGUCGAAGCGAUGGGAGGCUCCAAGGCGGCGGCUGAGGAUCCAAGGCCCGCGGAGGCGGCCCCUUCGGCGCCCGAGGUGGCGCCCGUGGCGCAGGAGGUGGUGAAGUGCAGCAUGCGGGGCAGGCGCAAAGCGCCGGAGCAGAAGGCCGGCCGGCGGCCUCAGGCGAGGCGCGUGGUGGACUUCGGCGACCACGACGCCGGGAAGUGGGUGCUGACCAGCACCGAGUACGACGGCUCCUACGGCAUCAUCGGCGGGACACCCGUCGUCCACGAGAAGACGGGCCAGAUCCAGGAGGGUCUGGACCUGCUCAAGCAGGAGCCGCACAGGUAUCUCUCGCUGUGGUACCAGACGGACAUGACAUCGUGGCCCACGGAUCAGCAGCAGUUUUCGCUGUGUGAGCGAAGGAAGCAGAGGAUUGUCGUUACGGAGUCGAAAGGGGCGCCGUUCACUUACGUCGAGAGCAAGUACCACGCCCUGCCUGAUUGCCAGGUGGAGCACGGCCAGUUUACGGACAGCAUGUCCUACGCGGGCGCCCCGUGCACGGAGGGCAAGCAGCCCGGCACGGGGGCAGGGUUGCGCAGACGUGCCGGGCCUGAGCGUCAUUAA